CCAAUUCAAAGAAGAGAAAGAGAGAGAAAGAGAGGAGAGAAUCAUCUUUUUUGAAGCGAAAGCCAGCUAAUUUAUGCUUCACGUGAGCUUUCUGCAAUCGAAUCCAUGGCACCACUCGUCACUUCAGGAGGAAAUUCUCACUAUUCCAAUUUGAUGGCGAGGUGGUUGAUCGGUGGCGUUGUUAUCGGCGUUUCCGCAUUAGGGUUCUAUUUUACUUGUCCUUUACAAGUAUGGAGGAGGAGGAAGAAGAACGGACCGAUACGAGUCUACAUGGAUGGUUGUUUUGAUAUGAUGCAUUACGGCCAUUGUAAUGCUCUUCGUCAAGCUCGAGCUCUUGGAGAUCAAUUGGUUGUUGGGAUUGUUAGCGAUGCAGAAAUUAUUGCAAAUAAAGGUCCUCCCGUUACGCCUCUCGAUGAAAGGAUGAUUAUGGUCAGUGCUGUCAAGUGGGUGGAUGAGGUUAUUACAGAUGCACCUUAUGCUAUCACGGAGGAUUUCAUGAAAAAGUUAUUUGAUGAAUACAACAUAGACUAUAUUAUUCACGGGGAUGACCCAUGCAUUCUACCUGAUGGAACUGAUGCCUAUGCCCUUGCAAAGAAGGCUGGUCGAUAUAAGCAGAUCAAGCGUACAGAAGGAGUUUCAAGCACUGACAUUGUUGGCCGUAUGCUUCUAUGUGUAAGAGAGAGGUCUACAAGCGACAACCAUAAUCAUUCUUCAUUACAAAGGCAAUUCAGUCAUGGUCAUGGACAAAAAUCUGAAGAUGGUGUAACUGCAACUGGAACGUCAACUCGCAUUUCUCAUUUUCUUCCUACUUCUCGUAGAAUUGUGCAGUUUUCCAAUGGAAAGGGGCCUGGACCAGAUGCUCGAAUAGUUUAUAUUGAUGGUGCUUUUGAUCUUUUCCACGCUGGACAUGUGGAGAUAUUAAGAAUUGCUCGUUCAUUUGGAGACUUUUUGCUUGUUGGUAUUCAUACAGACCAAACUGUCAGUUCUAAAAGAGGCUUGCAUCGCCCGAUCAUGAAACUUCAUGAAAGGAGUUUGAGCGUUUUGGCUUGUCGUUAUGUGGACGAGGUGAUAAUAGGUGCACCUGCAGUGGUGUCAAAAGACAUGAUAACAACUUUCGAUAUCUCUUUGGUUGUCCAUGGAAUUGUGGCAGAAGAUAACGAUUAUGAAAGGGGGGGUGAUGGGCCUUAUGCAGUUCCAUUUAGUAUGGGUAUCUUAAAAACAUUGGAUAGCCCUCUCGAUAUCACAACUAGCACGAUAAUCAAGCGCAUUGUAUCAAACCAUGAGGCGUAUCAGAAGCGACAAGAGAAGAAGUCGGAAAGUGAGAAGAGGUACUAUGAGGACAAAACUUUCGUUACUGGUGAUUGAUCAAAUUUCGACUGUUUUUUUUUUAUUUUUUAUCUGGAACAAUCUUUACUGUAAGUGGUAGUAGAGGGAUGGUGCAUUUGAGAUCCGAUUUUGCAACUAACCUGAAGUUAGUGGAAGUUUGUUUACGAGUUAUCGAUAGCAGGCUCCUACAACUAUUUAACUUUUUUUUUAAUCGUUUCUAGACGUUAUCUAUGUAUGAGUUUUUUAUUUUUUUUAUUUUAAUAAUGUUCUAUUUAAGAUAGACAGAUAGAAGAGGUGUAUCUUUGAAAGAUUUGUGACAACAACAAAAGCUUGUUUAAUGAAGUAAAUAAAAGUGGUCCAUGAGAUGAAACGGAUCCAUUUCAUAUGUUUUA